ACCUCCUUUCCCUGACUGGCUGCUUUGGUCCCACAUCCCCACUGCUGUCCCCUCCUCUUCUCCUCCCUUCUCCUCUUUCUUAGCUGUGUCUCUUCAUUGCUGGUUGUUCGUACCAACCAGCUCGGAGCCAAAGAGACACUCUGGCCAUUUCCUCUCCGACUGAGAUUUAAGCCUGAACUUUCCCUUGACAGAGCGAGACACUGCUCCAAAAGAAGUUACUGCUCAAACAUAAAGCUUGAAAUCCUUUAACCAAAGAAGAGGUGUGGGAAAAAAGCAGGAGAGACAUCAACAAUUUUACAGGGCUCUCAUCUCAGUUGAGAGGAGUUCGAGUUUUUUGACCGAGUGGAGCAGCUCUGAAGAUUGCUGUUGCAGGCAUGACACAAAGUAAUGGGGAUAACCCAAAGAGGAACCAGAGUGGUCUCCACCAGAUCCGGGCUGGGAUCCAAAACCGAUCUCAGCUUGCCAAGACAAAAGUGAAGAACAUCACAAAAAAUGAUAUGAAGGGAUUUUUUAUGAGAAAUGCUUUUGUGAUUCUCACCGUCAUUGCUGUCAUAAUAGGUAUAAUCCUGGGAUUUGCACUGCGUCCAUACAAAAUGUCUUACCGGGAAGUGAAGUUUUUCUCUUUCCCUGGAGAGAUACUGAUGAGAAUGCUGCAGAUGCUGGUGCUGCCUUUACUGGUCUCCAGUCUCAUCACAGGUAUAGCCGCGCUGGACAGCCGUGCCUCUGGUAAAAUGGGUAUGAGGGCUGUGGUCUACUACACCACCACAACUGUCAUUGCUGUGUUCAUCGGUAUUGUCAUGGUGCUCAUUAUUCACCCUGGAAAAGGAUCAAAGGAUGAGUUCACCAAGCAGCAGCAGAUAGAGCAGGUCAGCGCUGCCGAUGCCUUUCUGGAUCUCAUCAGAAACAUGUUUCCUCCUAACCUUGUGGAAGCUUGUACGAAACAGUUCAAGACGAAGUAUGCCAAGAGAGUUGUCCACGUGACUGUGACGGUGAACGACACGAUAUUCACACUGAACGGUAGCCAGCAGAUAGCCAAAGAAGAGAUGAUCCCAGUGCCGGGAGCAGUAAACGGAAUUAAUGCGCUUGGCCUGGUGGUGUUUUCCAUGUGCUUUGGUCUGAUUAUUGGGAGCAUGCGGGAACAGGGAAAACCCUUGAAAGACUUCUUUGACUGCCUCAAUGAAGCCAUCAUGAGGCUGGUUGGUAUAAUAAUGUGGUAUGCCCCGAUUGGUAUCUUGUUCCUGAUUGCUGGUAAAAUUGUGGAGAUGGAUGACAUUACGGCUAUGGGUGGCCAGCUGGGAAUGUAUACAAUUACAGUCAUAAGUGGCCUGUUGAUUCACGCCAUCGUUGUCCUGCCAACACUCUAUUUCAUCAUCACCAGGAAGAACCCCUUUGUGUUUAUUACAGGGCUGCUACAGGCACUCAUCACUGCCCUGGGAACGUCCUCUAGUUCCGCCACACUGCCAAUUACUUUUAAAUGCUUGGAGGAAAACAACAACAUUGACAAGCGGGUGACCCGUUUUGUGCUACCUGUUGGCGCCACCAUAAACAUGGAUGGCACAGCUCUGUACGAAGCCCUGGCAGCCAUCUUUAUAGCUCAGGUCAAUAACUACAGCCUUAAUUUUGGACAGAUUCUCACAAUCAGUAUAACAGCCACAGCAGCCAGCAUUGGAGCAGCUGGAAUACCUCAGGCAGGUCUGGUCACCAUGGUGAUAGUGCUCACGUCUGUAGGCCUGCCCACAGAUGACAUCUCACUGAUCAUUGCCGUUGACUGGUUCCUGGACAGAUUGCGCACUACUACCAAUGUCCUCGGAGACUCCAUUGGUGCCGGUAUCGUUGCACACCUGUCUCGACACGAGCUCAAAAAGAGAGACCUGGAGAUGGGCAACUCAGUGGUGGAGGAGUCGGGCAAUAAGCCGUACCAUCUCAUCUCCCAGGGGAAUGAAUAUGAGAAUGACAAGCCCACUGACAGUGAGACCAAGAUGUAGGGCUGUAUUUCUGAACAUAUUUUAAAAAAUCAUGGCGCUGAACUAAAUUUCUCAGCUCACAAUACUGGAAAUGUUAAGUAACACACAUCUCAGACAAGUGAAUGGGGUUUUCCUUAUAAUUUUUAGAUUGUAAAUAGCUAAUUGUUUUUAUGAUUUGAUGCUCCUUGUGUUAGAUAACUACCAAUAGUUGGCAGCUGUUUACCAUGGGUACUGAAUUACAGAGUGCAGUGGUGGUUGGCCUGCUUUCCAUAAUCAACCUCUCUCGUAAUUGUGAUGAGUCACAUCACCCACUAGAGGCCAGUAAUGCUUUAAAUCUGUACAACGUGAAACAACACAGCUCUAACAGGCAAAAAGUUUGCAUGUGAGUUAGGAUCUUGAUGUUUUUUCACCAGGGUUGUACGUGUAUUCUAGUUGUGGCAUAACUCUGGGGAAUGAUGAAAUGCACAUAAAUUGGUACACCAUAUUAAUGUGCAGAAAACUGCUAUUUCGAAUACAUGUUCAAAUAUUUGUGCCUUUAUUUUUUACUAUUUUAAAUAUAAAUUGCAGCUUAAUUACCAAUGACAUUUUUUUUUUAUUUUUUAUAGAAAUUACUUUGUACCCUAACUGACCAAAGCAAUCAGUUCUUUUUAUGGACAGACAAACAUUGGAUACAUUUUAUCUAGGUAUCCAAUAUUUUUGUUUUUACCAAAAACUGCUGUUUCAUUGAAACUUUAGAUGAGAAUUCAAGUGAAUAAAAUGUAUUCAAGUUAAUAAAUAAACUGACAAAAAAUUGGUAAACAACCAAAAAAAACUAAACUCAAUAUUUGCAGGUUUAGUUUUCUGCUUUGUCAUUUAAAGUGGUCUGUCCUCUGAUUUUGGCAUUAAACUGACACACAACACCAAAAAUAAAAAAAAGUCCAAUGAGAUUUCUAGAAAACCAAAAAUUGUGUCUAUUAAAACAUUUUAUUUCUCAUCUACAGAAUAAAACAAAAACAUUAAAUGAUAAUUAUUUAUUAGAUUAAACUGUUUAUUUAAAAAAUGUCAGAUUUUCAAAGUUCUGACUUACAUCAGGUCUGAAUGGGUUCAAUUUAUAAAACGACAGGCUGAUUAUUUGAUUUUUACUUUUCCAUCCAAAUUCUGGUAUUUUUGUUUCUAAAGUAUGUUGCUAUUAAAAGCUCUUAUCCAGAUCAUCUUUUUGAUCUAACAUUACUUGUAGAACGUAUUAGAUUUAAUUUGAGUAAUGUAAUGUUUUGUAUUAAACUAAUUCAACAUAAAGAACAAACAUUUCAUAGCUGUUUUGUAUAGAUACUUCUUAUGAAUAUAAUAUACUUGUACAGACAAAUGUAGAUAAAGUUGUAUAUUAAUUAUAGAUUGAAAUGGGUUUGGAAAUUGUUUCUUGAGUUUUAUAUAAUUAAAAAAUAUAUAGCCAUGCCUUUACUAAACCUAACAAGAAAUAAACUGUUAUUUUAGUUCCUCACAAAAACUGUUUCAUGUAAAGAACCAGCUUUUUUCCUUUUCAUAACGGUGGAAAUGGGUUAGUUCCUUUGUUUACAGUGUUUGGUGCCUCAUUUGAUUUGACAGUUUGUCUAAUGACUUCACAUGUAUGCAAAUGACUGAAUAACUUUAGAUUUCUCUUGUAUAGAUCUUUUUAAAAUAAAAAUAAAAAUGACUUGUGUUUUUCUCAUUUGAUCAUUAACAUAACAAA